AUUGGGCUCUUGAUUGAUGGCUUGAGAAAGGCGUUUCUGCUUGCUAAGUUGGAGAGUUCUGGUUCUUGUUUUUGAGUAAACAAAGAGUUCCGUAUCCAGAAGAAAAAACUACAGCCAGUUCUGCCAGGACUCUCCCUAUAUAAACCCCGCUAGCAAACGCUUCAAGGCAUAGAUCUUUGCUCGCUUAGCUAAACCUUUCAGGCUCCCAUGGCGUGUUUAUAUUACUCUCUCUGGAUGGCAAAUGCAACCUGGCAUUGGGUCAAAAGACUGUGCUCUCGGUUCAGCAAAUCUUUUAGGCGGCACUCGACAUGUUUGUAUCGAUUCCUUCUAUCCCAUUCCAAUCCACUGUGCAUCCGUAUAAUUUACUUCUUCUCCAUAUCAUCUCUGGGUUUUCUAGUUUUGAAAUCAUUCAAGCUAAAAAAGCCCUCAAACACGCCUAGAGACAUCGAUAUGUUCUUCAUGUCGGUAUCCGCUGCAACCGUAUCUAGCAUGUCGACUGUAGAGAUGGAGGUUUUCUCAAAUUCCCAGCUUGUUGCGCUUGCCAUUCUAAUGCUAAUUGGUGGGGAAUUGUUUAGCUCCAUGAUUGGUCUUCAGUUCAGAAAAGAGCAGCUCAAGCAACAGGCAAUGACCGAAAGCUGCGUCGAAUCAGUUGCUCGUAGUUCGCCAGACAUGAAAGAUGAUCAGUUUGAGAUGGACUCAGCAGCAGCUCCUGAUCCCGACUGCAUCGAAGCAGGUAUGGUGGGCUCUCAAUCUCAUCCCAUAGACACUAAGGAUCUGAAAUACCACGCUGUAACAUAUCUGGCUCGCGUUGUUACGGGUUAUCUCCUAGUGAUACAUGUGGGUGGUUUUAUAUCAGUUAUAGUUUACAUUAAUCUCGUAAGAAGUGCAAGAGCUGUGUUGAAAGAUAAGGGGAUUGGAGUUCUGAUCUUUUCCUUCUUCACUACGAUUUCUUCAUUCUCAAACUGCGGAUUUAUUCCGACGAAUGAGAACAUGAUGGUCUUCAAGAAAAAUUCAGGUCUUCUGCUGCUGAUCAUUCCUCAGGUUCUCCUUGGGAAUACAAUGUUCCCGUCAUGUUUGAGAUUCCUAUUAUGGGUCCUGAAGAGUACGACUAGAAAAGCAGAGUUUGAGUACAUGCUGAAAAAUUCGCAAGAGAUUGGAUACUAUCACUUGCUGCCGCACCUUCAUUCUCUUCUACUGCUUGUUACCGUUCUUCUAUUCGUGGCGAUUCAGCUCAUAUUUUGUUGCGCUCUAGAGUGGCGCUCUGAGGCUUUGAGUGGGAUGAAUUUUUAUCAGAAGCUUAUUGGAGCAUUGUUUCUGUCCGUGAACUCAAGGCAUGCCGGUGAAUCUAUUGCCGAUCUCUCCACACUUAGCCCUGCAAUCUUGGUUCUGUUUGCCAUCAUGAUGUAUCUACCAUCACAUACAUCAUUUAUGCCUUUCAAAGAUGAGGGAUUCACUCCAGCAAAUCAAGACAAAGCUAAGAACAACAUGGGACUGCUCAAGACUCUCACAGUCUCGCAGCUCACACAUCUAGCCAUCUUUGUCAUCCUCAUCUGCAUCUCAGAGAGGAAGAAAAUGUCAGAAGAUCCCCUAAACUUCAGUGUCUUUAGCAUUGUCAUCGAAGUAGUCAGUGCAUAUGGAAAUGUCGGUUUCUCCACCGGCUACAGCUGCGAUCGGCAACUGAAGCAUGAUGGGGUCUGCAAAGAUGUAUGGUAUGGGUUUGCAGGGAGAUGGAGCAAUGAAGGGAAGCUAAUUCUCAUCUUUGUAAUGUUUUUCGGAAGGCUAAAGAAAUACAACAUGAGAGGAGGGAAAGCUUGGAAGCUGAAUUAGAAGCAGAGUAUGUCUCAUGUACACAAUGUGCUCCGGUGGAGAUUGAAACCUUUGAAGGUUCCACUGUAUGUAGCAGACUAAAGUGUAUUUCACAUUUGAGAGGAGGUUUAAAAGUUAAGGCCUCUAGAGAACCAAGAAAAUGAGGAAGUUGGAGGGAAACCCUAAAAUUACCAGUCCCCCUAUCUCUGUCUCAAUUGCUACUAUUCAUAAUCUGGAUGCAGCUUGUUGAUACGAAAUAUUCAAAUGUUACGUCAAAAAGAAAUAUU